AUGAGUGAUGACCCUGUAAUCGAAUUCACUGGUUUCAUCAAAGCCUGUCGUCUAUUCCGUGAGAAUCGUCUACCCGAAGCAGAAGUUGUCUGUACGAAUCUUCUCCGCAAAAAUCCAUUGGAUCAGGCAACAUGGGCUCUGAAAUUACAAUGUUUAUCCGAUUCAACAUAUGUAGAUGAACUGGAAAAUGAAGAUAUGGGAUUGGCUGAAACCUUUUUAGAUCAGAAUGUGAUUGCUCCAAGUGCAAGACCAGGAACAAGUUUUCAGAGACCAAAAACAACUGCAAAAGGAAUCAAUCCCAUUUUAAGACCUUCAACCAACGCUGGCCGUCCUCUAUCUGGGGUGGUUCGUCCACAAAGUGCUUUUAAAUCAGGAUCAAUGGAUCAAGCAAUUAGAACUGCAAGAACUGCAAAAACUGCUAGAGCAGUAAGCAGUACUUCUGCAAGAAAUAUGAGACUUGGAACAGCAUCGAUGGCAGCUGGAGCAGACGGAGAGUUUGUCAAUUUGGCACGACUUAAACUUCCAAAGUAUGCAGCCGAUCCGCAAGUGAACCGACAGCUCUUUGAAUACGUUUUCUAUUUUGUAAACGACAUAAAAGUCGCCCAUGAAAUCGCUGGAAUCGCUUCAAAAGCAGCAGAGUUUGAGGACUAUUAUUGGAAGAAUCAACUAGCGAAAUGCUACUUAAGACUCGGAAUGCUUCAAGACGCCACAAAGCAGUUGCAAUCCUCCUUGCAACAACGGAAGUUGAUUGAAACGUUUGCACUCUUGGCAAAAACGUACAAUCGUGUAGAUCAACCAAUGGCAGCUUUGAGAACCUAUGCAGAAGGACUCGACGCUUUUUCAGAAGACGUCACAAUGCUUACAGGAAUGGCGCGUGUUCAGGAGGCACUGGGGGAGUAUGAAUUAUCUAUAAACUUUUAUAAAAGAGUUCUCGAUGCUCAAUCGAACAAUAUUGAAGCAAUUGCAUGUGUUGCAACUACGUACUAUUAUGGAGGAAAACCAGAAAUUGCAUUGAGAUACUACAGAAGAAUUCUUCAAAUGGGUGUAUCGUCACCUGAGUUAUUCAUGAAUAUCGGAUUGUGUUGUCUUGCAGCACAGCAAUUUGAUUUCGCAUUGUCUUCUAUUAUAAGAGCACAGGCCACUAUGACUGAAGACGUUGCAGCGGACGUUUGGUAUAAUAUCGGACAAGUCAUGGUCGAUGUUGGAGAUUUGCCCUCAGCAGCCAGAGCUUAUCGUCUUGCUCUUACCCACGAUCCAGACCACAGUGAAUCGCUCGUGAAUUUGGGAAUUUUGAGACAUCGGGAGGGUAGAACUGAUGAAGCUCGUUCUUUGUUCGUUUCAGCAAUAUCCAAAAAUCCUCUGAUGUUCGAAGGAAACUAUAACUUGGCUCUUGUCUGUGCUGCUCAAGGAAAAUACCACGAAUGUCGUAGAUUGAUCGAAAGAGCACUCGAAGCAUUCCCGGAUCACGACCACUGUAAAAGGAUGCUGAAUUCUUUGAAGCCACUCUACGAAGCAAUAUAA